AUGAGACCCAAAUUAUUAAUAACCUUAAUACUAGUCUUUACGACUAUCAUUUACGUAACAACUUCAAGCCCUUUACAGGAGAGAGGUUCUAACAUUGAAAGAGAACCUCAAUUAAAUAAAAGAUCACUUAUACUCCCCUGUAGUGUUUUUCCAUUUUAUGGCACCUACGCAGCUUUAGGUGGCAUUUCUUACACCUGUGGCUACGCUGUAAGUGCCUACGACAAUUGUGGGUCUAUUGGUUCUUGGGCUUUUUAUGGAGCUUAUUAUGAUUUGUCAUAUAAAACUUAUCGUAUUUCAUACUACUGUCCUUCUAUUUGUAACACUGCUGAUGGUGUCUGGACAACUUACGAUAACACUACAGACUUUCAAAUUACUUACAGAAAGAAAUUUCGGUCCAUGUUUUGGUAUGGUCAAGGAGAAGAGAAUCAUUCAAAAUUUGGAUUACCUCAUUCUGAAAAAACAAUGAUUUUGGUGGUUUAUAGUUACGAAUAUCGUGGGUUUUUGAGUCUCUUUCUUUCAUCAGAAGAAAGACCAAAAGGGGCAGAAAGGCUUGAGCUUCCAGAGGCAGCAAGUGAGUCAUCUGUGCCAUCUGUAUUAGGAGGUCAAAUUCCUGCUAUUGGCGCUUUUGCCGUCUUAAGAUCCCUCACUUUGUUAAAUUAUGAACGACACCUUAAAGUG